AUGAAUCACGCCGAGGAUGUCGUCGCUAACCAGGGUCUUCCUGCCGCCCAUACAAAAACCUCUUACGCCGUCAUAAAAGGCUGUCAGUCCUACAUAGAACAGCUAGAAGCUUUCGCGACAGCAGUCGUCCAAGAAAACGAUCGGCUACAAAAACAAGUUGACCAUCUGUCGAAAGAUCUCCAAUUUGCAACAAAAUCCUGUAUGUUGCAGGCUCAGGUCGUGCCCAUACAACAGAAACUCAUUAACAUCUGGGAAAGCCGAAGGCUCAGGUCAGAGAAGUGGAAUGUGCGUUCUUCGAAGAAGAGGACAGGGCUACGGUCCGAGGGCAACUCGAUACCGCCUGUACACCGGGAAAAAGAGGCUGCCAGUUCAUUGAUGCUACUGGCAGACUUGGCCGAACAGGAGAGGCGCAUAAAGGGCAUCAACAGCGAACACCUGCAAGGAGAGGAUAAUUAA